UGGUACACCAGACCCGAACAUAUCAAGUUGCUACACACCCACCCACAGAAUCCCCCCCACAACAACGAAGAUGGAUACCUUCCUCCCCGCCACCGCACCCCCGAACGCAACCGCCCACCGCAUCGACUUCAGCCAGACCACCCCACCCCUCCCGUCCUACCGCCACCUCUUCGCUGCGAUCAUCGACAACAUCCUCACCGAACCCGAAUGCACCGAGCUCCUCCGCCUCGCCGAAGCCAGCACCAGCACUCUCACCGCGACCUCCCAGACCCCCCAAUGGGAGCGCGCCAUGCUCAACGUCGGCGCCGGCGAACAGGUCCUCCGCCCGGACACGCGCAACUGCGGCCGCAUCAUCCUCGACGCGCCGGAGCUGGCGCAGAAACUGGGCGAUCGGAUCCUCCCCUUCCUGCGGGAUGAGUUCGGCCUCGACGUGCUGGAAAAAGACGCCUGGCGCGUGACGCUGCAGACGCGCCGGCGCUACCGGCUCACGCGGCUCAACGAGCGGCUGCGCUUCCUACGGUACCAGCGCGGCGAGUUCUUCCGCCCGCAUCGGGAUGCCUGGUAUACCACGCCGGAUCGUCGGGAGCGGUCGUUUUUCACGGUGCACGUGUAUUUGAAUGGGGAGGGGCAGGGGCACGGAGAGGAGGGUUUGGUGGGUGGGGCGACUUCCUUUGUGAGGCGCUUGGAGGUCGAGAGCGAGGAGGAUGAGGUUGUCAAGGUGCUUCCUAGGGUUGGGUCGGUGUUGGUGUUUCAGCAGAAUGAUCUGUUGCAUGCUGGGGAGCCGGUGGUGUCCGGGGUUAAGUUUACUUUAAGGACGGAUGUGAUGUUUGAGGAGAUUUUGGAGGGUGAAGAUUGAGGGUGAAGAUUGAGGGUGAAUAGAAGAUGGUAGACGGUGAGGUGAGGGUGGAUACGAGGUUUAUGAUUGUAUGGGUGAUGGAUAGCUGUUGGCAUAUUGUAGUGGUGAAGAUGAGGGUUGGAGGGAUGGUGUAUAGUCGGCGAUAAGCGAUAAGAGGUCGGUUGCAUCAUAGCUCUGUUGUUGCCUGAUGCUUCUUUAUGCUUCCCCCACUUCCUCUCGGUAAC